UUCUUGGUACUUUCGUUUUGAAAAGUUGGAGGAUUAAAAUGUCAGACAAACGAGAAGAGAAGAGAAUUGGUGUGAACCAUUCAGACGCUCGGGGUAAAAUACCGCAGCAGACGGAGGCUGUAUCUUCAGGGAAGGAGUCCUUAUCCCAGCUUCCUGGAGGUUCUGAAGAUGGGACAAUGGUCAGGAUGACCACUGCUGACUUAACCCGUGACACUUAUGAAAUAGGCACUGAACGGUUUCCAAAUAAGGGCAAAGUUCUUAUCUUCAACAACAUUAACUUCAACAAUGGAAUGCCUGACCGCGUUGGUAGUGACCAGGAUGCUUCCACCAUGUAUCAGAGGUUCUGUGAUUUAGGGUUUGAACCCACCCUUUUUAAUGACUGCACACAUGAUGGAAUUAUGGAAAAGCUCAAAGCAGCUGCAAGUGAAGACCAUAGUUUAUGCAGUUGUUUUGCAUGUGUGGUUUUGUCUCAUGGGGAUCAAGAUGGUAUCUGGGCUACAGACAAAUCACCUGUUCUGAAAACAGAAGACCUGAUGGCAACAAUGAACUCACAAAACUGUAAAAGUCUUGUUGGGAAACCAAAGAUCUUUAUCUUCCAGGCUUGUCGUGGACUUCAAUCUGAUGCAGGAGUGGCGGUUAACAUAACUGACAGAGUGAUGUCAGAUGCAGCAUCUGAAUCAGAAGAGUAUCAUGCACAUUUAAUCCAACAGGAGAGCACAUAUCAAAAUAUCCGCCUUCCAACAGAUAUGGAUUUUCUCCUUAUCCAAGCCACAGCUCCAGGAAGGACGUCGAUCAGAAAUACCCAGACAGGAUCACCCUUCAUACAGUGUUUGUCUGAAGUGAUGUCUAAUAUGGAGGAAAAUGAUGAUUUCCUUGAUGUUCUUACAAAAGUUCACAGGAAAAUGGCAUUUAACAUCUCCACUGGCCAGUUAGAAGGGACGUCAAUAAAUGUGAAACAAAUGCCCUGUUUUACAUCAAUGCUUACCAAAAAGCUCCUGUUGAAGAAAGGAUGCUGAGUCAUCGUCAGUUACCUGGAUAUUUGAUAUAAAAUAAAGACACUAAUCUAAUGAGACUUACAUCAAUAACUCAUGUAUUAAUUGUGAAAUAAUUUUGUUCUGUGUUUAUAUAUCAUUUUGCUGAAAGAACAUUGUAAAAAUAUCAACUUUCAUUGUUUUUUGAACAUCUGAUGAUCUCAAGUUGCAUAUGUAGGUUCCCCUUGGUCCCUAGUUGUGCCCGUUAGAUGUUGGGACUGAUAAAAAUACAAAAUGGCUGACAGGCAGCUAUCUUGGAUUUUUUCAAUGAAGUUUGUUAUCGUUAUUUCUCAAAAAGUAAGAAAUAGAUCUUUCUCAAAUUUCAUAUAUAGGUUCCUUUUGGUCCCUAGUUGUGCCAAUCUAAUUAUGGGACUGAUCAGAAAUAUAAAAUAGCUGACAGGUGCCCAUUAUCUUGGAUUUUGACUUUGAAAGUUUUUAAUCACUAUUUCUUGAAAAAUACUGGAUAGAUCUUUCUUAAACUUAUAUGCAGGUUCCCCUUUGCCCGCAGUUGUGCCACUUUGAUUUUGGGUCAGAUAAAAAUAACCAAAAUGGCCGACAGACAUCUUUGAUUUUGACUUUGAAAGUUUCUUAUCCUAUUUCUAGAGAACUGCAGCAUAGAUCAUUUUGAAAUUUCAUGUGUAUGCUUUCCUCUAUCCUUGUUGUGCCUGUUUGAUUUUGGUACUGAUCACAAAAAACAAAAUGGCCCACAAGCUGCCAUCUUGGAUUUUGACUUUGAAAGUGUGUUAUCACUAUUUCAUGAGAACUACUCUAUAGAUCUUUCUUAAAUUUCAUGUAUAGGAACUGACCAGAAAAACAAAAUGGCCAACAGGCAGCCAACUUGAAUUUUGCCUAGUAAAGAUUGUUAUUGCUGUUUCUUAAGAAUUUCUGAAUAGAUAUCUCUCAAAUUAUAUUAAGGUUUGCUCCUUUUGGUAUCUCCUUGUGUUAGUUUUAGUUUGGGACUAAUCAGAAGAAACAAAAUGACUUCCAGGGGGCCAUUUUGGAUUUGGCAGGUUAAAAUUAUCAUCGCUAUUUCUGCAAAGGAAUGUUCAAAUGUCUUUUCAUUAAGAACAAAAACAGAGAUGAGAAGAGGAAAGAAGGGAAAAGAUCCAAUUUUCAAAGAGCAUAUAAAUAUAAAACAAUGGUGGGGGCAAAGAUCCCUCUAGUGUACGUUUUACAAAUUUAUAUGGGCUACCUUGUAUAUGACAGAGCCUGCUUCAUAGGGAUGCCUCUAUGUACAGUCAGAAUACUAAUCAACACUUGACUGUACACAUUGUAUGGAUACACAACUACACUGAACCCAAUAUGUAAGAGCAUUGAUGCAUAGCCACAGUUUUAAUUUUCCGCCAUGUUGUAAAUUACUGAAAUUUUAUUGUAUAUAUCUCAGUCUAUCAUCAGCUUCAGACAUUAUUUCUUCAAUACUAUUACAAUAGAAUUUCCUAGAGUAAUGAUGUCAAGGAAUCACAUCUAUUUCAUAAUAAAAGAUUUUCUUUUCUUCACUAAAGGAUUUAUUACUCUAACAGUUUUCUCAUGGAUAUAAUACAUAAAGUGCUACUGUAAAUCAUGUUUAUGUUAUGAAUUGUCACAAUAUAUAAAUGUUAAUCUACCAUUCAGAAAUGUGUAUUAUGUAUUUGUUUUUUGUGUUUGUGUAUUGUUGUUAUGUAUUAUGUAUUUGUUUAUUGUGUAUGUGUAUUGUUGUUAUGUAUUAUGUAUUUGUUUAUUGUGUAUGUGUAUUGUUGUUCUGUGUAUUAUAUAUUUGUUUAUUGUGUAUGUGUAUUGUUGUUCUGUGUAUUAUAUAUUUGUUUAUUGUGUAUGUGUAUUGUUCUGUGUAUUAUGUAUUUGUUUAUUGUGUUUGUGUAUUGCUACUCUGUGUAUUGUAUAUUAUGUAUUUGUUUAUUGUGUAUGUAUAUUGUUGCUCUGCAUCAUAUUAUAAACUAUGUACCUAUCAUCU